ACUCUCUCUCACUUUCUUCAAAUAGUAAAACAAACACACUUUCCCUUCCUUCAUUCCCCCCUCCCUUUUCACUAUCCAAGCUGCAGGCAGCAAGUAGAGCAAGCAGCAAGCAGCAAGCAGCUCCCUGUUUUCUCCUUAUCAAAAUAAACUGAGCUGGUAUAACAUCAAGAAGGUUGCGAAUAAGGAAAGAGAGAAAGGAGGAUCUCAUGUCAUGGAGAUUAACUGAGCACUUACUUUUACUUUAUUUACUCAAAAAGGAGGUUAAAUAGUGGGCAAUCCAGUGUCCAGCUUAUAAUGCACUCUGCUCACAACGAUAAUUGAUCUAGUUUGUUCUAUGAGCCAUUUUUCUGAGAUGGAUUGGAAUGCAAAGUGGGAUUGGGAGAACUUUGUUGCAUUUGGUUCCAAACCAAUUGAAAGUCCCAAGAAACUGCAAUUAGCAGACUGGAUGCUUGUUGAUGAUGGAGAAAUUCAUACUGGAUCCUUCAAUCUGUCAGGGUGUGGUGGGAAUAGUGGCGCUUCCAGCUCUGACGGUGGGCAUGGUUCUUCAGCCAAGAGUUCGAUAUCAGCUUCUACUGACUCUUCCACCAGGGAUGGGAUGCAAACCCCCAACUUCAUGUUCAGUAAAUUUGAGGGCUCUUCUAGCAAUUUUGGCAAGAAAAUAGAAACUAAAGGAGCUGAAAUUUUUGCAACUUCCCCAGCCCCUGAGGCUUCUAUUGGCUCUAUGGAACCAUUGAUUGGUUUGAAGCUUGGGAAGCGGACAUAUUUUGAGAAUAGCGGUGGGGGAAGCAAUAUUAAGAGCACAUCCUUUUCUGUGAUGCCUACGCCAUCCCCAUCAACACCCAAGAAAACCAAAUCAUCUGGUCAAAAUGCCCCUGUUCAUUGUCAGGUUGAGGGAUGCAACAUUGAUCUUUCAACAGCUAAAGAAUAUCACCGAAAGCAUAGAGUUUGUGAUAGCCAUUCGAAAUGUCCUAAGGUGGUUGUUGGAGGCCUUGAACGUCGAUUUUGCCAACAGUGUAGCAGGUUCCAUGGUUUGUCGGAAUUUGAUGAAAAAAAACGCAGUUGUCGAAGAAGACUUUGUGAUCAUAACGCACGUCGCCGCAAGCCACAGCAAGAAACUAUACAGCUUAGUUCAACUAGGCUCCCAUCGCCAUUCUAUGGUGGAACCCAGCAGAUGAGUUUUCUGUUGAACAGUUCUCCACUUGUUCAUUCUAGAACUCCUGCAAAUUCUUCAUGGGAUAACCCAUGCAACUCCAAAUUCACACUUACAAAAGGGUUUCCUUCGAAAUCUAAUGGAGAUGGAGGUACUGACCAACAGUUGCAUAUGCCAGGAAUAAAACUGCCACAUGUUAUCAAUAUGCAGAUUGCAGGCAAUGGGCUCUUGGCAUCCAAGAAUCCCACAUCUGAGGUUCCAAAUCCAGGUUCCAAGGGAUCCCUAAUCUCCUCCCUAGAUGCAGCACCGGAGUAUCGACGUGCUCUCUCUCUUCUGUCAAGCAAUUCCUGGGAUUCAUGUGAACCAGUAUCCAUCCCAUUACACCAACCAAUGCAUGAAAAUGGCUCCAGCAUUAAUCAGCCUAUGAUUCAUAUGAUCCCAGAAGGUGUUCCCCUCUCUUCCUCUGAAUUCUGGCUGAGCGGACAGCAUUCAACCUAUUCCCGCGUUCAAUCAUUGGCCACAAACAGUAACUUCCAGGAAAUUCAGCUUUUUAAAACACCCUAUGAUGCCGACUUCUAUUCUAAUAUGCUAAAUUGACCAUUCUGUUUGUGUCCAUGGCCGCAUCAUGUCUUAAGGUUAGUAACUAUCUAUUUUCUCGAACAAUGUCAUAGAUCUCGUACACAUUCGAACGGUUGUUUAGUGUUUAAACUUCAAAAGCUGUAGAUGAUGACUCAUUGCGGAAGGUUUCUUUUGGUCAUGCAGUUGCCUAUUAACCGUUGGUUUC